AGCGAUAGUGAAGCUAGGCCAGUUCUUGAUUCCCUGAGUGAAUAAAACCUGAGGUUGAUGAGAGGUCCAGAAGAAGUUGACUGAUACCCGUUCAGAGCACCACUCUUCAGCAACACCUCGCUGCCUUCCUCAUCGACGCUGAAAAGGCAGCUCUCAUUGAUUAGAGUGGGAGCGUUUCCUUACGGCUCGACGCAAGGCGAGUGGUGUUACAACAACUCCUUAAACAACCAGAGAGAGGGCUUGGAAGCCGAGAGGGGCAAAGCAGAGACCAUGGCCAACCCACAGCUAGAAGACCUUGUCCGUGGCUGCUACGUGGAGUUAAAAAACUCCUGUUCUACCGUCACCCUCACUAACCCACAGUUGUACAUCGAAAGAGGGCGUUGCAGUGUCCCCCUGGCCCUCAACCUGGGACCGAAAUCCAGCAGAAUGGCUACAUUCGUCAAGACCAGCGGCACGGCCACCGGCGCGGUGGGCGUCCUUACCUACGACCUGGUGAAAGCCGAAGCGCAGAGCAACGCCCGUAAUAUUCAACUGAAGCUGGCCGUCAUGUACUCUGUGCCCUUUAACCGUAACAGUUAUACAAACUGGUUUGCCAUUGGCCUCAUGAAUAGCCAAACUAAGUGCUGCCAAGAGCUCUACUCCCGUAUGUACUACAAUGAUGUAGUACAGUAUGGUGAUUUUGACCGUGCCCAAGGGGGCGGCAGCAGCCUACAAAAGGAGAGAGACCAUGUUGUGGUCCAAGCCAGCAUGUCCGACACCGGCACGGCCUUACUGAGGGUUGAAGUCACUGAAAAAUAGAGCAGGGCGGUUAAUCAAUUUUUAAUCAUAAUUUGAAUUGAUGGUCUAGGACGAUCUUUUUAAAUAAAAAUCUAUAAAAAUUAAAUAAAGAUAAAAUUGAACUUUUUUAUUUUUUAUCAAGUGCAGUGAUUUUAAUCUGGUGUUUACAGUAGCGCCACCACUUCCUUCUCUGAGGUCCCGUGGUCCAUAGUAACGCCCCCUCCUCUUUAGAAAAAGUAAAAUAUCAACAUGGCAGAAUGUGCUGAUAAAAGUGAGUAUGUAGAGAUUGCCUAAAGUCUGUGGCAACCAAACUGAAGCAUGCAGCAGAGUAGGAGAUGUGUGUUAUUUAUUUUGCUUUUGUUAAUCAUUGUUAUUCUUCAAAUACAAUCCAAACUUAUAAAACGGGUUUAGUUGGAAAAAAUCUGAGAUGUUUUAGGCCAAAUCGCCCAGCCCUAGUGACAACAAAGAGAAGAAGGAUGGCCCUGUGUGAAUACACCCUGUAGACUAAACUAUAUCAAUCAGAUGAUCGUCAUUCAUUAAAGCCUUGACCAUGAUAAUUAAGUGUUGUGUCAUUC